CACGCCCCCAACCAGAACCUUCGGCUGGACUGUGGGCUCCGCUCUCAGGGGGCAGCACAAGCCCUGGCUGUCAGUCUGAGAACCCUCUGGCCACCAGCAGCUGCUCUGGGGAGUCUGGGACCAAGGACAAUUAGGAAUAGGGGAGGGCCGGGCGCCAUGAAGCCAGUGCCGGCUGUCACCCUUUGGUGGGUGCUACUGCUGGUACCCAGGCUGGGGGCCACCAGGACGGGAUCCCCAGAAGAGGCCUCCUUCUACUACGGAACCUUCCCACUUGGCUUCUCCUGGGGCGUGGGCAGUUCUGCCUUCCAGACGGAGGGCGCCUGGGACCAGGAUGGGAAAGGGGCCAGCAUCUGGGACGCCUUCACGCACAGUGGGAAGGGGAAGGUGCUCGGGGACGAAACAGCAGAUGUGGCCUGUGAUGGCUACUACAAGGUCCAGGAGGACAUCCUUCUGCUGAGGGAGCUGCACGUGAACCACUACCGAUUCUCCCUGUCUUGGCCUCGGAUCCUACCCACUGGCAUCCGAGCUGACCAAGUGAACCAGGAGGGAAUCAAAUUCUACAGCGACUUCAUCGAUGCCCUUCUGGGGAACAACGUCACCCCCAUUGUGACCUUGUACCACUGGGAUCUCCCACAGCUGCUCCAAGUCGAGUACGGCGGCUGGCAGAACAUAAGCAUGACCAAGUACUUCACUGAUUAUGCCAAUCUGUGCUUUGAGGUCUUUGGGGACCGGGUGAAGCACUGGGUCACUUUCAGUGAUCCUCGGAAAAUGGCAGAAAAAGGCUAUGAGACGGGUCACCAUGCCCCAGGCCUGAAGCUCCACGGCACGGGUCUGUACAAAGCGGCACACCACAUCAUUAAGGCCCAUGCCCAAGCCUGGCAUUCUUACCACCACACAUGGCGCAGCAAGCAGCAAGGGCUUGUGGGGAUUUCAUUAAACUGCGAUUGGGGAGAACCUGUGGACAUUAGUAACCCCAAGGACGUAGAAGCUGCUGAGAGAUACCUGCAGUUCUGCCUGGGCUGGUUUGCCAACCCCAUUUAUGCUGGUGACUACCCCCAAGUUAUGAAGGAGCAUAUCGGAAGAAAGAGUGCAGAGCAAGGCCUGGAUGUGUCAAGGUUACCGGAGUUCUCACUCCAGGAAAAGAGCUACAUUAAAGGCACAUCUGAUUUCUUGGGAUUGGGUCAUUUUACGACUCGGUACAUCACCGCAAAGAACUACCCCUCCCGCCAGGGUCCCAGCUACCAGAACGAUCGUGACUUAAUAGAACUGGUUGACCCAAACUGGCCUGAUCUGGGGUCUACGUGGCUAUAUUCUGUGCCCUGGGGAUUCAGGAGGCUCCUUAACUUUGCCCAGACUCAAUAUGGUGAUCCUCCCAUGUAUGUGAUGGAAAAUGGAGCAUCUCAAAAAUUACACAGCACUCAUUUAUGUGACAAGUGGAGAAUCCAAUACCUCAAAGGAUAUAUAAAUGAAAUGCUAAAAGCUAUAAAAGAUGGAGCUCACAUAAAAGGGUACACUUCCUGGUCUCUGUUGGAUAAGUUUGAAUGGGAGAAUGGAUACUCAGAUAGAUAUGGAUUCUACUAUGUCAAAUUUAACAACAGAAAUAAGCCACGCUAUCCAAAGGCUUCGGUUCAUUACUAUAAGAAGAUUAUAACUGCCAAUGGGUUUCCCAAUCCAAGAGAGGUGAAAAGUUGGUACUUCAAAGCCUUGGAAACUUGCUCUAUCAACAACCAGAUGCUUGCUGCAGAGCCUUUGCUAAGUCACAUGCAGAUGGCGACGGAGAUCGUGGUACCUACAGUCUGUACCCUCUGUGUACUAAUCGCUGCGCUUCUCCUAAUGCUCCUCCUGCAAAGACAGCGCUGAGACAGGGUUACAUUCUGCAGCUUCACCUUGCAGAGAAAAUCUUCUGGAUCUUCUUCCUUUUUUGGCUUCGAAGAGUUACAUACAUUUCUGUUUUCAGGAUCUGUAAUAAUUACUUUUUCUUCUUUCUUUUUGGGGCUGAUGCUGGGAUUUAAGAGUUAGAAAAUAAAAAUAAGCAUUUAAUAAAUAAAAUAAAAUUCACCUGUCAUCUCACCCCUCUCAAAGUCAAACUUAUUUUACUGUAUAUUAUGCACCUGUUUUCAGUUGGCAAAAGGGCUCAUAGUGUACAGAUUGUUUUAUGACUGGAUUGCUUUCAUUUUUAAAUCUGUCCUGAAACAUAACAUUAAUGUAGAAAUGAAUGCCAUCUCAGCACUGUCCUACAAAUGAUGGAUAGAGUUGAUUAUCUAAGAUAACAAUCCUUUCAGGCUGUAAAUCCUAUCAGGCAACCAGGGAAAAGCAUUAGGUGGGGACCAAACAAAUGAGCAUAUACACUUUUCUAAAUUCAAUUCGCUUCACUCAAUGAAACAUCUCUAAGAAAUAUUAUAUAUUUAAUUUGUGUAUCUUUUCUUUAACUAGAUAUUUUGUUUUUUAAAAUAAGGGUUCAUUUUAUUCUUAACUAUGCUAAAAUUAACUAAUAUCCAUUUGGGAACAAAACACGGCUUAAGAAAGAAUAAUAUCAGGCAUUUUACUUAUCUGAUUCUAUUUAAUGUUGUUUCUGAAACACAAAAACAGUAACAUAAUAGAAAAUGCCAGUACAUUAAACCUUUGGUUAAUACCAUUUCAAAUUAAACAUUUUAAAAAUCGUAUUUACAUCGGGGGGAUUUAGUCCUACAAUGCGGCUGGGGUAAAACUGCUUUUAAUUAACCUUCGCUUUCAAUGUCAAACUGAUACUAUGACUGUUCAGGGUUUCCCCCUUCCAUCAAUGUUUUUGAAAUCAAACUCUCUUUCUACUCUAUAUAUCCAGAUGUAAAGUACAAAGAUACUACCACACACAAAACAAUGUUUUUGUUUCUCUGGUUUUAGGAUUAAACUAACCUAUUUAGUUGACUACAGAAGGUAGAAAGGAAAUUAAAGACUUGCACCGCUCAGUAACAUCUGGUCAGCUUCGAUGGGCUUACUGAUAAGUAAUCCAUAUUCCUAAUGUAUUAAGUCGGCAUUUCUGUUGUAGAAAGAACUAAAACUUAAGGUACUUAACACAUUACAAAGUAUUCAAAGAGAACAAAAUGUGAACA